ACCAGAAAAAUGGUAAAGGAAAAAAACAUUUCUUUUGAUCAGAUCUACUCACUGUUAAAAUAAAUGACUCAACUUCGAAGUCACCCUGUAUAUAUAUAUAUAUAUAUAUAUAUAUAAUCACUACAUCUCAGAGUGAUUCCUAAGCGCAGAAAAGUGUGUUAUAAUGCAUUUUAUGUCUGAUUCUUUUUUAGGUUCUGGAAUUCCCCAAAUAAAAACAAGCCUCCGAGGGGUAUUCAUGAAAGAGGUGUUGACCUUCAAAGUCCUGUUCGUAAAAUGGUUUGGACUAGCAGCUACAUUAGGCAGUGGUGUCCCUUUGGGUAAAGAAGGCCCGCUCAUUCACAUGUCUAGUAUCAUUGUGACCAAGCUCAGCAAAGCAAUUUCCAGCUUCAACAAGAUCUAUGUUAAUGAGAGCAAGAAAAUUGAAAUGUUAGGUGCGGCAUGGGCUGUUGGGGUGGCUUGUACUUUCAACGCACCCAUAGGAGGUGUCCUGUUCAGCGUAGAAAUCACAACAGCUUACUACGCAGUAAGGAACUACUGGAGAGGCUUUUUUGCAGCAGUUUGGGGAGCAACUACCUACAGACUACUUUUAGUAUGGAUAGAUGGGGUGAACACGAUAUCUGUCAUAUUCAAAGCAAAUUUUUUCAUUGACUUUCCAUACGACCCCUGGGAGCUAAUUUCUUUCGGCAUUGUAGGGUUGAUUUGUGGCUUAGGAGGAUCAUUCUAUAUUUGGUGUAAGCAGGUAUUUACACACUGGUCUGGCAACAAUGAAUUAAUCAAGAAAAUAAAAAAGACUAAGUAUGUACCCAUUUGCAACUAUUAUUAACAGAUUGGUGUGACUAGUAAUGAGUAACAAUUGAAUCCUAAUUCUGCUUGUCUUGGUGACUCUGUUUCGCAGUGAGAUAUUAUAUAUCUACUAUUUUACUCUUAACGACAAACAAUCCUUGCACCAGGCAUAGUUACAGGAGCACCCUCUAGCUCCCUCGUAAUUAUCAUCCUUCUCCGGAGUCGCCAUAUUUGAGGUUUCAGUACUUCGAUAUAGUAUUUGUUUUACAACUGACGAAUGAGUAGUAUACUCGGUCGCAUACAUGUACAAUCUCCGGUAUACGACAUCAUCAUUUUUAUUGUUGAUGUAAUGUAGAACCUACCUACCUAAUAUACUGGGUGAAAAAGUCCUAUGAACAUGGGUGCGUAUCCUUCCUUAUCGAGAUAAUAUUUUUUUAUUUUUAGGGUGCUAAUGGUUGGAAAACCACAAUAUUGUUGGAAAAUUACUUUUAUUUAACACAAAAUUACUAGGUAUAAUAAAAAUAACUAUUCAAAAUAGUUGUUCAAAGUGUCCACCUUCACACUGUAAACAUAGUCUAGCCCGUUUAAUAAUGUGACUGGUGGCUUUCCCAAUAACAAGACGAUUACUUCUUAUGUCAUCAGCGACAUCAGUAAUUUUACGGAGCAGGUCAGCUCUGGUAUGCGAUUUCUCUGUAUACACUAAACACUCCAUAUGUCCCCACAAGCAAUAUCCAAGGGAUAUAAAUCGAGCGAGCGCGGUGGCCAAGAAACUGCGCCCCCUUGUCCAAUCCAAUGCCCAGGAAAAGUGUUAUUUAAAUACUCAGUCACAUUUUUACCACUGUGGAGCGGAGCAAUGUCAUGCUGUAACCACAUUGUUGCCUUCUCAGCAGCGGAAUAUCCUCUAACAACACAGGUAGUUCUUCUCGUAAGAAUUGAAGAUAAACUUCAGAUGUCAACCGACCGUCAAACACAAAAGGGCCAACUAAGUGAUCCCCUAACAAACUGCCCCAGACAUUAACAGAAAAAAAGGUGUUGGAAAUUGCGUUCGAUAGUUGCGUGGGGAUUUUCAAGCUGCCAAGAAUGGGAAAUCCUCAAAUGAUUGACGCCGUCUCGAGUAAAAGUAGAUUCGUCGGUGAACAAAAUCUUUUUAACAAGGUUACGAUUUGCGAGGAGCCAGUUACAAAACUGCAUAUGAGGGUCCGGAUCAGUGAGCAGAAGAGCUUGGACAGGUUGCGACAGGUUGCAGAUGAAAUGGGUACAACCAAGGUUAUGUAUUGUUCUCCACACAGUCAUUCGGCUAACACCAGUGCGACGUGAUAUUUUGCGGACGCUGGUUGAUGGUGACCGUUCAACACUAACCAGUAUUGAGUCAUGGGCAGCUUCUGAUGGACGUGUUACAGUGGCAUUUGGAACCGAUCCCGCUGCUUUCACAUGUGCCAAAACUCUUCCAAAUUCCCUUCUGUCAGGUAUUCAUCCAUUUGGAUACCGGCGGCGGUAUUCGUUCACUGAUGCUCUGCCAUUUCCGUUGUAAUAUCCGUAAACAUCAUGUCACCAUAUUCCUCGGUUGUAAAAACAAACAUGACAGUAAUUUUUGCAAAGUUCAAUCAAACCAACACAACUACUCCGUCAACGAACAAACAAACACCAGCGUAUUAAUCGGGCAGUACAACGUGAAUGUGAACUUUAAUUAUUGUAAACAGUUGUUUUCAUACAAACAGUAUUAAAUCUUUUGGCAAGAUGGAAUGUCUCACACCGAUAGGGAAACGAAUAAUGUUUUGCAAAAAAUGUUUUCAGGGCGAUUGAUAACCUGAUUCAGAGAUACCAUCCAGCUCCCGAAUCAUCAUAUUUAACGACUGCAAAAUUCUGUUCAUGAAAUUUAAAAAAAUAGUUUUUGCCAGCAAACCAAGCAAUCUAAAGUAGCCAAAGAGCAACAUUCGGGAAACUAUUCACAAUAUCCCCUUGGAGCAUACCAAACAGUAAUGGAAAACGUAGUCAAAUAUAACUUUCAACUUUCAGUACAAGAUUAAAAUUAAUGAAUUUAUCUAUUUCAUAAAAAAAGAUAUUGGAGAAACGAGUCUAUAUAUUUUCUCUACCCCGUAGCUGUUGUUUGAUGCUUAAUGUUGAUGGAACGUUUUUAAUAAUGAUUAUUCUUUCCCAUAUUAUCCUCGUAGUAUAGAUCACGAUCAACUUGACUUCUAAGCCUCCUCAGGAACCGUUUCUAUACAGGGUGAUUCAGAAAACAAUGUCGAUAUUUCUAGAGCAGAAACUACGUAUAUAUCCAAAAAUGGCAAUACAGCUUUUAUAAACAUAUAUUCCAAAGUAUACCCUUACCAAGAUAUUGUCCAAAUAACGUCAAGUUUUCUGAAUCUCCCUGUUUAAAGCUCUUUAUUUCCGGAUCUGAUUUGAGUUGAACGCUGAGAUUUCGUUCACAAUGGAGCUGGCGUUUAAGUCUGGCUUUAGUGUACUGACGAAAACUCGGAUGACACUCAGCUUAACAUUAGUUUCUUGUCAGGUACAGGGACCAUUCAGAAAUAAUGAUUUACAGUUGUUUCACGCCUUGGCGUGGAAUAAAACAAUUGUUUAUUUUCCAGUUACUUCGUUUAUCCAUUUUGCGUGAUAAUGAUAAUCUCGACCACAACAUGGCCACCUGGCAUUGGCCAAUUCUUGGCUUCGGAUAUAUCAGGGGGUGCGCAAGUUAUUGGCUUGUUCAGCAACUUUUCCUGGACAGAAAAAAAUCACACUGUACAAGAACAAGAAGUGCUGAGACAUUGGACGACCAAGUGGACUGGAGUUUAUACCAGCCUUGUUGUAUAUUUCUGGUACCAGGUAUUACUUAGAGUGCUUUUAGAAUAACACUUGUGUUUCAUAAUAAUUGUCUUAUUUUGAUAUCAGACUUUUUUGCAUCGCACAUUUUCGUG